AUAAGCGCGCUCAGUCUAUGCAUUCUAAUCUGAAUGUGGUGGAGCUAUGAGAAGAGCAGUGCCAUUGGAUUGCAUUCGUCUGUGCCAUAGCUUUUGUAGAGAGACAAGCCAACUAAAUUCACCUUAUAAUAAUAAUCUCAUUAUAAGGCUUCGACUAUUUUUAUUUUACGCAAAUGUGGAUUAAUCUGGAUUGAUCGGAUAUUAGUGACUAUUAUUGUUGAUUAUUAUCCUUUUAUUAUUAUUUAUAUUUGCAUUAUACAUUAUUUUCAACUCCAAAUUGCAACGUCAUAAUUGUCUACUACAGUUUCCAAGCGGAAUGAGCCUGUUUUGCACCUCCUGAGGAUACAAGGCUUGAGUCUGGAUUCAAAAUGAAGUUAAAGUUUUUUUCCGGUGGGCUCUAUACGACCACCUCUAGCCUACAACUCCGUCGGCAGUUGAUAUUGCCAAUUGAAAACGUGAUGCUGUAGCCUAUUGUAGUUCAUUGACGGUAGAAAUGUUAUAAUUGUUUCUCCAUGUGAGACAUUCUCGAAUGUGGAUCACUGAAAACGAUGUAUACCGAGGCGGCUAAUUUAAAUUUCAGCUCGAAUGGAAGCAUCGACGAUCCACUGAGCUCUCUGGAUCAAGAAUGGAACGAGCCCCCGGCGAAAAGACUGUCUCGGACGGGACACCAUGUUAUGUCCGUCUUCCUUGGAUCUAUUAUGGUUUUUGGUUUCAUCAAUAACCUGGUGGUAUUGAUCCUGUUUAUUAAGUUCAAAACUCUGCGGACUCCUGUGAACAUGCUUUUGCUGAACAUCAGCGUGAGUGACAUGCUGGUGUGCCUCUGUGGCACCACGCUCAGCUUCGCCUCCAGUCUACAGGCACGCUGGCUGUACGGGAAGCACGGGUGCAUGUGGUACGGCUUCGCCAACUCUUGUUUCGGAAUUGUGUCGCUAAUCUCGCUGGCCUUCCUCUCCUAUGACCGCUACAGCACCUUAACCGUGUACAACAAGCGGGCCCCCGACUACCGCAAGCCUCUGCUGGCUGUGGCGGGCUCCUGGCUCUACUCCCUGUUCUGGACAGUGCCCCCCCUGCUGGGCUGGAGUAGUUACGGCCUGGAGGGGGCCGGGACCAGCUGCUCAGUCACCUGGACAUCCCAGACUCCCCAAUCUCACUCCUACAUCAUCUGCCUGUUCAUCUUCUGUCUGGGGCUGCCUGUGCUGGUCAUGGUCUACUGCUAUGGGAGGCUGCUCUACGCUGUCAAACAGGUGGGGCGGAUCCGUAAGUCGGCAGCGCGGCGGAGAGAGUUCCACAUUCUGUUCAUGGUGAUCACCACGGUGGUGUGUUACCUGCUGUGCUGGAUGCCCUACGGCGUGAUCGCCAUGAUGGCCACCUUUGGACACCCGGGCCUCAUCACCCCCAUCUUGACCGUGGUGCCCUCCAUCAUGGCUAAGAGUAGCACAGUCAUCAACCCCCUCAUCUAUAUUCUCAUGAACAAACAGUUCUACAGGUGUUUCCUGAUCCUGUUCCACUGCAAACGGCCCAGUUCUGAGAACGGCGUCUCCUCCAUGCCUUCCAAGACCACCGUCAUCCAGCUCAACCGCCGGGGUCACAGUAACAACGUAGCAGUCACGCCCCAGCUCACCACCGGCACCAACCACCAUAACCACCAUCCCCACACAGUGGAGUGCAGCACUAACAACCGUGAAGUCACCACCCCAGUCUCCGAACAGACCAGCCCAGACCCCAACCAAGAGAUCACCUCCUGUGGACAGCCGCCGACCCCCUCACUACCCCCCGAAGCCCCUCUCAACCCACCCCCCCUUUCCCCCACGUGACAAACGCUAUCCAGUGAUCCACUGUGUUAUAUGAUAGAGUCACCACCGAGAACUCUACAGAGGAUAUGGUGUUAUCCCUGGCAUUUGUCAUAUGGAGUCCCCCAACAAAAAAAACUGUCUACACAGUGAUCUCUCAUGUGGCGUCACCCAACAACUCUCCAUAGUGAUUUGUCAUCAUGAGAACGCCCCAGACUACCCAUAAAAUGAUCCAUCAUGAGUCAUUGGGUCACCAGAGAACUCUUCUAUACAGUCAGUGACCUAAUCCACAACGUUACCCAGACAGAACUAUCAAUAUCUUCUACUAACAAAGUGAUCUAUUCCAAGUCAUCACCCCAGAAACUAACCUGUGAUCUAUUAUCUUAUAAAAACAGGGUAUCCCAACUGGCGGCCUGCAGGUGGAUUUAUUUGGCCCUGCAAGUUCAUAGUAAAAUACAUAAUAUAUAUUGGAAUUUACAUUGUUGGACGCAAGACGAAAAACACCAUGAAAGCAGCUCCAAUGGAUUUUAAGUUUUGAAAUGAUUAUGUGUAACAGUAUACUUUUAAACCGUCCCCUCGCCCAUACCCGGGUGCGAACCAGGGACCUUCUGCACACAACGACAACAGUCACCCUCGAAGCAUCGUUACCCAUCGCUCCACAAAAGCCGCGGCCCUUGCAGAGCAAGGGGCACUACUACUUCAAGGUCUCAGAGCAAGUGACGUAACCGAUUGAAACGCUAUUUAGCGCGCACCGCUAACUAAGCUAGCCGUUUCACAUCCGUUACAUAUGCUUGAGUAAAUGUUAUCCGUUUUGACAUCUACAGCAAUUGUUCUGUCCCCCCCGCCCAUCCGCUCAAGAAAAAAAAAAAGAAUACGUCGGACCGCGGCUGAAUCUAGUUGAUGAUCCAUGUUAUCGAAGGUGUGUCAACCGCCCCAACCCAGUUAGAUGGUCAACUGUUACUUUGUCACUCAGUAAAAGGUGUAGAUAUCUUCCUGUCAAGUUUUGCCAUGAGAACGCAACCGUGUGGUGGUGUUUACUUAAACAUAAAAACUUGUAUUUUUCCUCAACUUCUGUUUUCAUAUUGUUACGUCGAUAGAACCCAGAGUUGUAUUAAGACUGCAGCGGCUUUAGUGUUGUCAUUACUGUUAUACACGGAACCCAACCCGGCUGCGCGCGUGCGCCAUCGUGCGCUAUGUAUUUUGCCCCCUACACCAAAUGCGAUCACGACACGCAGGUUAAAAUAUCCAAACAAACUCUGAAUAACUGACAUUAAUUUGGGGACAGGUAAAAAAAAAAAUCAUUAAACAUGUAUGGCAAUUUAGCUAGUUAGCUUGCACCUGCUAGCUAACGUUAAUUUGUCCUAUUUAGUUAGCUUGCUGUUGCUAGUUAAUUUGUCCUGGUACAUAAACAUUGAGUUGUUAUUUUACCUGAAAUGCACAAGGACCUCUACUCCGACAAUUAAUCCAUACAUAAAACGGUCAACCGAAUCGUUUCUAGUAAUGUAUCCUCCUUCCAGGCUUUUUCAUCUUUUAAAUUAAAUGGUGAUCGCAUCUAAACGUUCAUUGUUUUACCACGGCUACCCGCAAAACAGUCAGUCUUUCAGUCACCCACGUGGGUAUAACCAAUGAGGAGAUGGGAGAGGCCGGACUUGCAUUGCGACCUGCGUCAGAAAUAGGAAUGAGUUCUAUUUUAGCCCUAGGCGUCGCAGACGCUCGUUGGCGUGCGCAAUAAUUGAAUAACAUGGAUUUCUACAUUUAUUUUGCGGCGCACGCGACGUGUCCGGUCUGGUCAGCAUGUUACAGUAUACGGUCAUAACUGUUUCCAUUUCAAAUGAAGUGAAAUAGACAGUUCAUCUUAAUUGGUUCUAAAGCUUCUAUGAAGCCUAUGUGAAUGAUGUUGGUGAAGCUGAAUGCUUUGUACCGCAUCUGUGAGAUCAAAUUGGGCCUCUUUAUUUGCUCAGUUUUUAUAUUACACUUCAUAUCAGUUCAUGAAAUAAUAUGAAGGAUAAUCACAAUGUUUAUACAGAUAACUAAGGGUGUAAAUCACACAUAACCAUGUUCAUUUCUCAAUCGCACUAAGUUGCUAAAUCAAAAUGUUCACGCCUACUUUGUGGUUAUUAAAUCACUAUAUAGCUGUGGAUUAACUAUUUAAGAUCAUAUUUGUGCGCAAGAACAUUUUAUAGAUGAUGCAUCUGGGUGAACUGUGUAAAACUGGCAAGUAAUUGCACUCUAAACCGGAAUGACAUUUUUGGCAAUGUGAAGGGAUUUUCCAUUUCACUGCAGGGUGGGUAGGGUAAUAAACCAGAAACAGUUGGAGAAGUGUAACAGAAAAUGUGCAUGUUUGCAACACUUGAAGACAUCAUCCCAUUGGGCAAAAGACAUCACAUCAAUGUUCAACUGUCAGUUUGAAAUGUUGUUUACAAUUAUGACAA